UGUCACUUUAUUACUUCAUCCCUUUGCUUCCGCGAGAAUCAGAGAUCUCUCGUGCCUUAUCUCCAUUUCUCUCUCACUCUUCAGAUUCCCAAUCUCAAACCCUAAUUCCCAAAUCUCGCCUAAGAAAUUUCCUGCGAAAGAGAAGAAACAUUCAUCACCAUCAUCGAAGUGGAUCAUACACGUACUAUGUAGAUUAGAUCUCUGAUGGUUGGGUAAAGAGAAAAAAGAUGGAUCAGAUGCAGAGAAGAGAACCGAGAAGGGUGUGGCUAGGGUUACAAAACACAAUAGUUAUCCUCGUGGGUGGAAACCAUACCUCCUCCAGGUUUUGCACUCGCUAAAUCAUUCUUCCUUCUUCCUCCUCCUCCUAAAUUGAAUCUCUCUACUUCCAUUGAAUCUCUCUUUCUGAGUAAGUAAAGAUCCGAUUCUUGUUUUAACUGUUGGAUUCCUCUUCUCUUCCUCCUCGCCAUGGGCGUUGAGCUGCU